UCGUGGAAAUUGAAAACGAAUGAUGAUUCUAGGAUGCCGAAUUCUGGAGGCACGAGGUCGUUACAAGGCAGUCCAAGGAUAAGCAAACAGCAGCCACAGUUUGUUGGUCAACAGAUUUCAUCCACGCCAAAUAGUCCCAUGAUUAACAGGCGGAAAUUUGAUCGUAUCAAUCAGUGGAACCUAGAGCAUCAACGUUUAGCUCAUCUGAAGUGUGGCAGUAGUGGUGCACCGUCGACGAGGACAUCGUCAGUGAUAUCCGCAAUGUCCGGAAUAUCGAGGGUAAGCAACAUGUCAAUGAUGAGUGCACUGAGCAUAUCGACAGAAAUCAGUGAUCUACCGGAUAUGAACCAAAUGGUUUCCAUUCAUUGUAUUGAGCAUUCAUUUUCAUCUGUUUGCGUACCUUAUAUAAGAUCCGCACAAUACUCAUCGGCAUCGUCGUGUGCGUCGUUCGCAGAGAACAUUGAUCCCACUUAUUACUUGAAAGUUGAACAAGCCGUUGAUGAAUUGUCCGGCAAAAUGCGAUUGUUUGCUCAAAAUACGGAAGGGAUGCAUGCAAACGAUUCCCUAAGGCAUGUGGCCGAACGAAUCUACAAAUUAUCCCGUGAACACGAUCUCUCACGAAUUCCAUACAAUAAGUUAAGGGCAUACAUCAUAAAUACGAUGUAUCUGGUGAAAAUGGGACCAGAUAUCGAAGAGGUUGAACAAGCACUCUUGGCUGCAAUGUACAUAUUCUCAACAAAACCGGUAACCUUUCGGACGCUUCAAGAGAUAUUUCGGGAACACACCGAUGAGGUGCUUGCAGUGUUCGCGCAACGUCUUGAUCAUCGAUGUUAUUAUUCGAAUUUCGCAGCAAUAACAAUACACACAUUGUUGGUGUUCGCUUUCGACAGCAAACUUCGUAUUGGAGCUGCUACAAAAACGCAGUUGAUGAACAAAUUUGUGCAAUUGUUACGUGCGUUCGUACAGCUAAGUGUUGAACAUCGUCUACGAGAACGCAAUAAGCAUAUUAUCAUCGAUACGGUACGCAUGUUGGCUCAUCGAGAGGACUCGAUCAAGGUUUGA